AAUGCACAUUUACAAUUGCAAUAAAUCAAUUUCUUGUAUGUAUGUACAUAUAUUCCGAAUAGUAACUUGACUAAUUAGAAGAAUUCUCCCAUUUUUAUAUGCAAUAACGGGUAACAAAAUCUUCAAUAAAAGUCACGUACGCGAUAAUCAUUGAUAAGAUUCACCUUAGCGAGAUUCGAACCAGAUUAGAUGUUUGAGUAUUUAAUUACAUAUUAUCAAUUAAUGUUGAUCGAAUCAUUGAGUUUGAGCUAAAGCUAUCGGCAUUUCUUCAAGUUCCGUAUUCCGAAAGUGACGCUUGCUAUUCGUAACUGGCAGCGAUAUCAAAAUGAAACUUCUAUUCUGGAGUUUUGCAGCAUUGUAUAUUUUUACGUUAUUAAUCAGUGGAGGGCAAAGUGAAAAAGAUGAGAAGCCUAAUUGUGUUAUUUUUCAUAAGAAUGGCGAGGCAUUCUCAGAUGCUGAUUGGGAUAGGGGAAUCGAAAUCGACCAAAUCGAUGAUAUUACACCUGCUGGAACAAAAAUUAAAAGCUUCAAAACCGAAAAUAUUACCUCUGUUUAUACAAGCUCGGUAAAUGGUAAAUAUUCUUACCUAAGAGUACUCGAGUCCGAAGGGAAGGAUGAAGAUGAAUUUUAUAUUCAAAUUGACGACGGUUUUAGUAAAUACGAAGAAUACGAGACUGAGGAAAAGAUGACACUUUCAAUAGAGUUUGAGUGCUCAAAAGACUAUAGCUAUAGAAAUAUAGACAUCAGAAUACCUAUAAGGGAUACAAACAAUCAUUCUCCCAAAUGUUUACAAUGGGCAUACGAGUAUAAAGUGCCAAUGCCACUUCCAAAAAAUUUUGUUUUUGACACCAUUAAUCAAAUAGCAGCUCGAGACGUUGAUUUAACGAACAAAGCGAUAGACUUUGCAAUCAAAGGGCAUGACAGGUACAAUACGGCUUUUUUAAUCACAGGGCUUGAGCCUACCAAGGAAGACAAAAAAAAUUAUCCCGCAAGGUUUGAGACUUCAAUGACCAUAGAUUUCAAAGAAGAUACUAGAUUUAUUUUAACAGCAACGGAUUCUGAAGAGCCAAGGAGAACCAAGGCCUCGUCUAUUAAUUUUGUUAUUGAUAAAGCAAAUUCGUUUCCCCGCUUUGCCGAACCAGUGUAUGUCGCGGAUCUCACGCAUUUAAAGUAUGAUAAACCGGACAAGAUUUUAUUGAGAUUUUUAGGCGAUAAAAAUAUUACCUUAGACGGCGGCUAUGAGAGACCUGUAAACUUCUCAUUGACGGAUCUGUCUGAAGAAAAUAAAAAACACUUUGAGGUGACCGGCAGUGGCCCUUACGUUUAUAUCGAGAUGAAUGGUCUAACGGAUAAAUUUUUUAACCAAGUAGCAAUCAGUGCAGUCUUGACGGCCACCAAAGAAACCGCUCGAGCUCACACCGCUAUUCUGGUUGUGCUACCAGAAGUCUCCGAUAAAACUGAGGAAUCAACGGAGUCAGUCCGGAAAUCAAGUACCGAAGAUGAUUCGGCGAAUGGAUACAUGGUUUCGACGAUAAUACUUUCGCUCACUUCGGUGGGUCUUCUGGGCUACGUCAUUUACUUCCAUUUAUACAGAAGAUAAAAGAAUCUUAUAAGUUGUUACCAAUUUUUCUGGGUAGUACAAAUAAUAAAGCCUACAAUCCUACAAAAAUGUAGUUGAAUGAAAA